AGGAAACCACGUGCGGCGACCAGGAAGCAGCACGUGUUUGCCAGAAGCGGCGGCUGCCCUGGAAGCGGAACCUGCUUGUUGGGGCGCAGGAGUAACUUUGAGGAUUCUCCAGUGAUUGUCAAAUCCGAUAUUGGACAGAGAAGCCCAGCUUUGCCUCAUUCAUCUUCAGAGCCAUGACUCGGCACAAGCAGAAAAAAUCUGGGAAGAAACCCAAGCACAGCAAGAAAAGGAGUGCAAAGCCUCAUGGGAAAAAAGACCAGGGAGUGCCUCAGCUGUCACAUUUCAAAGAGCAUGUUAAGAAGGAAGCAGUACAAAAGCAGAAACGGGUUAUGGAGCUGCAGGAACGGCAACGGACGGCCCGUCAGAAGGCAAAGAACAGGUUCCGGAAUCUGGAAGGACUGCAGAACGAUGCCUUACGCAGGCAGCGUGACUUUGAACGGAAGGAGACGGAUCUGAAGGAACUGGCGAAACACACCCUGCUGGAGAAAGACAGUUCCUGCAAGGCAUAUUACAGGGAGUUCAGGAAGGUGAUUGAAGCGGCGGAUGUGAUCUUAGAAGUCCUUGAUGCUCGGGACCCCCAAGGCUGCCGUUGCCCCCAGGUGGAGCAGGCGGUGCUGGAGGCUGGAGCUCACAAAAGACUGGUCCUGGUGUUGAACAAAAUUGAUCUGGUGUCUAAAGAGAUCGUUGCAAAAUGGCUGAAGUACCUGAGGAACGAAUUCCCCACCGUCGCCUUUAAAGCUUCCACUCAGCAACAGAGCAGAAACCUGCAAUGGAGCCGUGUCCCGGUAACCCAGGCCUCAGUUGACCUGCUUAGCAGCGGGGCCUGUGUCGGGGCUGACUGCCUUAUGAAAGUGCUAGCGAACUAUUGCCGGAGCCAGGAUGUCAAGACCACCAUCAGUGUUGGUGUUGUGGGCUUCCCAAAUGUCGGCAAGAGCAGCUUGAUCAACAGCUUGAAGAGGAGCCGGGCCUGUAACAUUGGCGCCACUCCUGGAGUCACCAAGUGCCUGCAAGAAAUCCAGCUUGACAAACACAUCAAACUGCUGGACUGCCCGGGGAUCGUCAUGGCUUCUCCCACCUCCGAUGCCGCCAUGAUCCUACGGAACUGCAUCAAGAUCGAGCAGCUGGUUGACCCCGUGACCCCGGUGGAGGCCAUCUUGAAACGAUGCAACAAGCAGCAGAUCACGCAGCACUACGGCGUGGCAGAUUUCAGGGACGCCAUGGAGUUCCUGGCUCAUCUGGCCAGGCGGCUGGGGAAACUGAAGAAAGGCGGGACGCCCGACCAUGAGAAAGCGGCCAAAGCGGUGCUGAGCGACUGGAUGAGCGGGAAGAUCAGCUAUUUCACCCACCCACCCGAGACUCACACCCUUCCCACGCACAUCAGCGCUGAGAUCGUGGCAGAGAUGGGCAAGGCCUUCGAUUUCGAAGCACUGGAGAGAGACAACGAGGCGGCGUUGGCAGAGAUGCCCUCUGGCCCUGCUGGCAUCGCGAUGGAGGCCUCUGGCCUCACCUGCGGAGGAGAAACGGAGAUGGAGGAGGAGGAGGAAGAUGGACUCAGCGGUCCGGAGCAAACAGAGUCCAAGAUGGAGGAAGAGGGGGACCCGGAGUUUGGCCUCAUCACCGUGGAGCUGAAAGCCAAGAGCAAGGCCCUCCAGGAAUCGGAGAAAGCGGUGCCCAGAGCGCCAGACCUGAAGGAGAUCGCUGCCCUGGACCCGCUACAACAAGGCCAGGGCUUGCGGGCGGCGAGCAAGAGACGCAAGAAACUACGGAAGAGGGCAGAGAAAAUAGCCACCAAGCUCUCCGCCUCACUGACAGCAGCCAUGAAUUUUAGCUUCGACAACGACUGAUGAGCAAACGGCACUGAAGAAGAAGCGACCACACAUGGGGAGUUGAUCUACCUCGGACAGGCUGCUCCUCCCACGCUCCUCCCCACCCCGUUCCCUUGCCAGAGGAAACUCCCUGCAUCCUGCGAGACUUGCACACCAUUGCCUGACGGCUAUGCAAAAAGCCAGAGCUGUUUCUAUAAAAGACAUUUUUUUAAUUAAUAGUGUAAAAUUGAGAGACAAGUGUAUUAAACUCGGCACCGACCGCCGCAGCAGCGUUAA